AUGCGGAUAGAGACUUGCUAUUUUUGUUCUUCACCAAUCUAUCCAGGUCACGGAAUUCAAUUUGUAAGGAACGAUGGCACGAUUUUCAAGUUUUGUCGAUCAAAGUGUAAUAAGCUGUUCAAAAAGAAACGCAACCCAAGGAAACUUCGUUUUACUAAAGCAUCUCGUCGCGCUCGUGGAAAGGAGCUCAUCAAUGAUGUAACGCAACUGUUGGAGCAAAAGAGAGACGAACCAGUGAAAUACGAACGUGAAUUAUUCAAAAACACGGUCGAAGCGGCUAAAACGAUAUCGGCGAUCAAGCACAAGAGGUACGCCAAUCUUAUCCGAAAGUCACUACAACCUGGUAAGAUUGUGAAGAAGGCUGGCAUGAUCAAGAAAGCGGAAACGAAGUUGCACCUUAUUCGUGCUCCGGUUGCCAACAAGGAACCGAUCAAGCAGAAACAAAAACAGAAGGAACAGGAAAUGGAACUCAACUAA